GCACGGCAUCGUACUCGUCGUAGUAGUGACACGGUACUCGACGCGAGAUGACGGACUCCGCAAUCGUCGGCUACGAGAACGGCAAGUCGGUAUAAAUAUGCAACUACGGCGGUAGUAAACAUUUUUGAAAAAAUGAUUUUUACACGCUUUUAAAGCGGAAUGUCGUAAAAUUUAAUAUUAAUACUGAGUGCCAGGACCGUCAGCUAUAUUCAAUUACACGGAGUAUUUUUACACGGUGUUGUUGCCGUGUACAUAGACUUCAGCGAAUCAAGACUUGCAUACUUCUCUGCAUUAUGACGACUAUUGGUACUGAAGCAUUGGUCAUGUACAAUGUGUCCGAAGAUACGGAAUACUACGCGGAUCUGACCACUAUGGUUCAGCGGGAUGCUGUAGCGGAACUUGCGACUGUUUCGCCAGCGUCCCCCGGACACUUGUUGUCCGUCGACUUCCCAUUUGCAAUCAGCAAACAAUCGACGCCAACUACCCCAGCAAUCAUCGAUUACGCGGUCAGAAACGUUUCCGUGGCCCUGUGCCAUCCAUCCAGCGGCAUACCAUCUGUCGACGAAUACUUUACCGCUAUAAACUUAACGGGAGUGACGAUAUUCACGGUUGGUGCAGCGAUCGUGGUCAUGAUCCUCUAUUUGUAUGUGGAUACUCUGAGGUGUAUCAUUAAAAACGCUCCACCCAUGGUCAAAACUCACUCGGCAUUUAUACUUAGCGUAUACCCGGUCGUUGCAGUGGUCACUUAUUGCGCAAUCCUGGUGCCUAGAGCUCAUCUGCUCGCCGAAGCUAUGACUCAAGGCAUGUUCAUGGCUUCAAUGUAUCAGCUAUUCUGUCUGUUCAUGGCGUACUGCGGUGGCGAAGCCAAUCUCAUCGCUUCCGUAAAACCACAAUCAUUGGAUAUGCAAGUACCACCCUGUUGCUGUUGGCCAUGCUGUUUUUUUUUGCCUAAAUUUACACUCACCAAGAAACAUCUGAGGCACUUGAGAAUGUUGGUACUACAAUUGCCUGUCGUCCAGGGUUUCGUAUACAUGGUGCUGCUCGUCAUGUGGGCCGAAGAAGAGAGCUUGUACCAAGUAAACUAUAUGUACCUGCAACCGCUCAUCGUGAUAUCCAUCAUAUGCGGCAUGUGGGGUAUCUCGAUGACCAUGCGAGUGCUCGGAGAGAUACUCAAGGACCAUGGCAUCCAAGGGAAAUUUGUGGUACUCCAACUGGUGCUAGUAUUAGCUAAGUUACAAGGACUGGCGUUUAGAGGGAUAGUGUGGGCAGGGUGGUUACCCUGCAAGCCUCCAAUUUCACCCACCGUCUAUGCGAAUCUGAUAUACAACUCAACCAUGUUAUGGGAAAUGUUGGUGUUGGCUGCGUUGGCCAGGAAGCUCUACAAAAAGCCAUUGCCGGAUCAGUGUUUCGUCGACCCCCCGAAGAUCACAUGUUGUGUAGAUAUGCCCAGCAAUCAGGAAAACAACAAUAUCAUAACCGGCACGUAUAAUCAGUGUUUCGACAUGAACGCUUAAAGUCAUUAUUCGAAGCGGUGGCUAUCAUAAGGACUCAUUACUUUUUGACGACGAUAACACACGCGUACAUAUAUCACAUGCAUAGGCGUGCGAAGAGUUUAUUUUAGUAGUAUAUGCUCUGAUAAAAUGCUAUUAUGCUCACCAAAAGUAUGAAUACCCCACGCCUAUGCUGCCUUAAAAAUAUUUAUUAAAAAAUAAUAGUCGGGCCCCAGCCGACUACAGGGUACCUGGGUACUAUACUACUAUAUAUAUAUGCAAACGCAUAACAUGCAUCCCUAUGCGCACGCCAAUGCUUAUAUAAUAGUAUAUUACGUUAACUUAUAAUUGCUUUACAUAGGCACCUAACCUAUUCAGUAUACUAAUUUUUUAGUAUAUUAGUAGUGUAUUAGUGUACGAGUGGUUCCGAUUUUCGCGUUACUGUCGAAAAGCUAGAGUACACAAAGUUACAUUAUAUAUACUCUGUACCUGACGACUAAAAGUGUUUUUAUACCUACUGUUCAUUUUUUUUAAAAUAUAUUUUUACGAAACAUUU